AUCGGCGCCCUGACACGCGGUGGUCUCGCAAAAAAGAAAAAAGGUUCUCCAUAGCGCAUUUUUGCUCUUCUUUGAAGAGCGAAUUUCACAGACAUGGUCAGACACAAGAAGGACAAUUAUUCCCGCGGCAAGAAGCCCUCUGCUGGCGCGCGCCAGCGUACCCCGCGAGACACAGACGCCGACGAACAAAUACGGCAGCGUCCCAACUUCAAAGCAGCAUGUUGGGAUCUGGGCCACUGCGACGCGAAGCGCUGCUCCGGAAAGAGGCUUAUGCGGUUGGGUCUUAUGCGCGAACUUCACGUGGGCCAAAAAUUUGCGGGCGUGGUCAUCAGUCCGAAGGGCAAAAAGCUCGUCUCUCGCGCGGACAACGAAUUGCUGGAGCAAUACGGCGCUGCCGUUGUGGAAGCAAGCUGGAACAGAAUCGAAGAGGUACCGUUUUCACGGAUAGGAGGCAAGUGCGAGAGGCUGCUGCCGUAUCUUGUGGCGGCGAACCCCACCAAUUAUGGCCGGCCGUGGAGACUGAACUGUGUGGAGGCGCUGGCUGCGUGCUAUCACAUAUGCGGACACGAGGACUGGGCGGAGGAGAUCCUUUCGACGUUCUCGUACGGCCAGUCUUUCCUGGAUAUCAACGCAGAGGUGUUGAAGAGGUACGCAGAGUGUCAGACGGACGAAGAGAUUAAGAAGGUGGAGGAGGAGUGGCUACAGAAGAUCGAGAAGGAAUACACGGACAGGCGGAUAGAUCGGACCGCGGAAGGUGACGAGUAUUUGCUUGCCGAGUCUGACGAGGAGAGCGGCGACAAGCAGAGCGACGAAGGGGAAGAGGACGAAGAUGCCGUGCGGGAUCGCUUUGAAUUGCCUUCAGAAUCAGACGACGAGGAGGAGAUGGCCGAGCUGCGGCGACGGGUCUUGCAAUCAAAGCCGUUCGCCAUCAGCGCUGAUCUGGAAGACACAAAACAACAGCCUCAGAGGGUCGCGCGGCCUCCGUCACCGCUCCCCGCACCCAAGCGCGGGGUAAGUCGGGAACUUGAAGAUGACGAUCAAGACGAUGGAGCAUCCGGCUCGGAGGAAGAGGAUGGUCUCGAUGAUGAGUUCGACAACAUCAUGCAGCGUGGGCCCGUUACUGACCGCAUUGGGAUCAACGCGAAGCAGCAGGCCAGGGCACGAGAUCAGGAGGCGAAGUUGGCCUUCAGAUCUGCGACCGGUAGAUGACAGACUUGAAAUCAGAGAAUGGAAACAAGAGCUAUACUGUUGAGCUAUCAAUGAAUGCCUUGCCGUGUUGAUGUCGUUCUGUCUGCGUCUACGUGCCUUUUCUUAAGAUCAAAAGACGUCGGGAAGAAAUAAUAUUCUUGCAGGAGUUUAAUGGCGUCCACCUGAAAACAUGC